AUGAGAAAUUAUCCUUGUGGGAAUAUUGUUGGAGCUGAUGAGUUUCAACAGGUUCUUAUGGAUUUACAGUUGUGUGAUUUAAGUGUCUCAGGACAAAGAUUUACAUGGAUGAACAAAAGGGAGGAUGAAGAUUUUGUCAUGGAAAGAUUGGAUAGAGCAUUUGGUAUUGUGGAGUGGGUUAACAAAUAUCCACUUUACUCACUAAGAAACCUUCCAAUUGUUAAAUCUGAUCAUGGUUCAAUAAUUUUGGACCUUGAGUUUCAAACACCUUUUAGGAAACAACCCUUUAGAUUUGAGCUCAUGUGGUUGACUCAUGCUGGUUGUAAGGAGAUGGUGGAGGUUGCAAUAAGGAUGAAACAAAAUCAAUUACAACAUCUUCAAGAUUCAAUUGUGACUAAUGAUGACGUUAGGAGGGAGAGAGUCUAUCGAGAGGAACUUGAGGAACUUCUAGAUAGAGAGGAGUUGAUGUGGGCUCUAAAAGCUAGAACAAACUGGUUUCUACAUGGGGAUAGAAACACAAGGUAUUUUCAGACAGUGGUUAGGCAAAGAAGGUCAAAGAAUAGGAUAAUUCAAAUUAAGGAUGAAGAGGGGAACUUAACUGACAAUGCUGAGGAGACUGAAAAUAUAUUUCUUGAAUCUUUCAAAAGAAGCUUUAGGGGCAACAACUCUUUAACGGUGAAAAAUAUCAUUCAGGAGCUCCAUGGGCUUCCUAUCCCUUCUCUCACUAAACAUCAACUUCAGAUCCUAAAUAUAGGCAUAUCCAACUAG